AUGUUCCUGCGCGACUACCACCGUGAGAACAUCCUUGCCGGUGACGCCGGAGGAGACAUUGAGGAGGAGGAGGAGCCGAGGACCUUUGUGCAGGAGCAGGAGAAUCUCAAACGUACGGUUGUGAAGGAAAUGCACGAGGCUGCGGAGGUGGAUGACGGUGGCGAUGGCGAUGACGACGACGGGUUCUUAGUCCGUAAGCCCAGCGAGAAGAAGGAGAAGAGCGAGCGGGAAUCAGAUCUCCCUGAUCCAUCGCUCGCUGAUAAGGAUCCCGACGAGUUUCUCCAGAAGUUCCUCGCCUCCCGCGCUUGGGCGAAGACCUCGGCCAAGGCUUAUGUGCCGAUCGAGUCCGAUGACUCGGAAGAGGAUGCCAUGGCGGAGGAGUACGAGGUCAAUUACAACUUGAGAUUCGAGGACCCCGAUGCCGCUGCCCGCGCAAAGCUUGUGUCAUACGGCAGAGAUGCCAUCAGCGCGAACACGGUGCGCCGAGAGGAGAAGAGUCGGAGAAAGAAGGCUAGAGAGGAGAAGCGGCGGAAGAAGGAAGAGGAAGAGGAGCAGCGGGAGAUCGAGAAAGGGAGGCUGAAGAAGCUCAAGACAGAAGAGCUAUUGGAGAAAUUUAAACUGAUCAAGGAGGCUGCCGAUCUCGAUGAGGGAGACGAAGAGACUGAAGCUGCUGUUCUGGCCAAAUUGUUGGAAGGUGACUUCAGCGAUGAAGAGUGGGAUAAGUGGAUGCAGGAGCGAUUCGGCAACAAAUAUUACGAGACGGAUGGCAAGCCCAAGAAGCCCAAGUUUGACGACGACAUCGAUAUCGGUGAUAUAGUUCCGGACUUCAAGGAGGAUGAGACAUCAGACGAUGACGAGGGUCAAGAAGCAGCCGGCGAAGCUGCAUAUGGAGACGAAGAGAUGAACGAUGUCGACGACGACGCUGAGGAGGGAGAGCCCGCCAAAAAGAAGUCAAAGAAGGAUCGCAUCAGGGAUAAGCAGGCAAAGAAGGCCAAAGAACGAUCUACGCACCGCAAAAUCGAGCGCCUUGUUGAAGAGAACUUCGACUUUGAGAGCGAGCUCGCCGGUGGUUCCAAAGUUUCUGGGUUCCGCUACCGUGAGACCACACCAGAAACGUUCGGACUCGGCACACUAGAUAUUCUGGCCGCAGACGACGCCGAUCUCAACGCAUACGCCGGACUCAAGAAGUUUGCUACUUUCAGAGACGAAGAGAAGAAGAAGAAGGACAAGAAGCGGUACGCCAAGAAGAAGCUGCUCAAGCAGUGGAGGAAGGAGACGUUCGGCGACGCGAACGGAAUACAGAUGCCGGCCGACUGGAAACCGACGGGCGAAAUAACGAAAAAGCCCGAGGCGGCCGUUGCUGGCAAGGUUGAUAUCCGGGAAGGCGGAGAUGGCGAGAGGAAGAAGAAGAGACGGAAGAAGAACAAGGACGGCAAGGCGUAA